CCAUCACGUACCAGGUCAAUUUCUACUACUGUCGAUUUCUCUGGCUAUCCAAGUCGCAGCCCACUUCCCUGUCGCGACUCUAGGGCCACGAACGCCAGCUUCAUAACGACGUCUGCAACACGCUGAUUGCACCUUCCUGGCCCAGGACAAACACCACAGAUGCAUCAUAUUGCUUGGCCAACGACAUACUUCCACUGGUUCCUCAUGCGAAACCCGUAGAUUUUACGAAUGUGGUGGUUAAAGGCCAUACCUGUAUACUCUGAAUUACCGAUCCAGCUCCAAGCAUGGAUCGCAAAAGAAAACGUGAACUGCGCGUUUUGAACGCUAAGGCAUGGGAAGGAGAGAAAGGUGUAUUCCCUGUCAGUAAAUCGUUGGACUCGUCACUCAAGAAGAAUACGGCUUUCAUCAAACGUCUCCGCACUGCUGUUACUGCCGCCACCCUCAAUACGUUCCUCCAGGAGAUCCGGACCCUCUCCUUGAGCAAAUACCUCUCCGAAAUUAUAUCCGCUUGCUACGAAGGACUUUGUCGACUGAAAUCUCCAGGGGAGAUUGAAGCAGGAGUAGAAAUUGUCAGCGCACUACACCAGCGAUUCGGACCCGCGGAAUUUACGGAAUACCUUGGUUGGCUAGUUGGCAAGGGGUUGGCGACACCAGAGAAAGCACUGCUCAAGAAUUUGGCAGCGGACUUGAGAGAGAAGGAGGAGAAGGAGCGCCUGACUCGUCAGCGGGUUCUUCUCAGAGUCGUAACAGAGUUAUGGCUUGUUGGUGUUCUCCGGACGCUCGAUGACGCCAGCCGCCCAGAUGAUGCGUCUCGCGGGAAGGAAUCACUUUCGGGGACGGCCAAAGUUAGCGAGGCGAAAGUAAAGGCGGCCAGCAGCAUGAAAGGUGGCGGUAGCGAGCCAUUUCCUUUGGAAGUUUUGAAGGAUCUGUUGGGUCACGACCGAGACCAUGCAAACCUCCCACUACUCGUUAUUUUCGUCAAGGCAUUUGGCUGGGAUAUGCUUGGCGUGAAGAAAGCAGGCGCCGAAGGCCGUAAAACUGUUCAGGAGGAUGGAGCGACGGAUGCCCAUGGGGAUACGAUGGAUAAUGACGACUCUGACGAAGAGACAACAUCCGCCACAAGCAACGCAGAAGAUGUGCCGUUGGCAUCACCAGAACUGCAAGAACGUUUCAGGAAUAUUCUCAGGCGCUAUUUCGAGGACCUCAAAGCUCAUAUCGUUCGAGACCAGAAGACAUUGGCGUCCCAAGCACGUCGCGACGCAGAGGCAUAUGUCAAAUCCGGACAGGUCUUUGAAGAUCGCCAGGCGAACUACGAGAAGCAAGUUAAGGUUCAAGAUCGACUUGUCGACAACGCCCAGGUUCUCGCGGACGCUAUUGGCGCAGAAAUGCCAGACCUGAAAGAUACCGAAGACUCUGUUGCCGCAUUCGAUGGUGGGAUAGGUUUGGUUAAAACUGGCGAAUACCUCCGCGGCCAAGGCGAUGGCGCUGGUAUCUGGGAGGAUGAAGAAGAGCGCAGAUUCUACGAGAAUUUGGUCGACUUAAAGGGGAAAGUGCCUGGCAUGCUUUUGGAGGAUACCAAGAAGAAGAAGACUGAUACGGACGAGCAAGUGGGGAAAAGGGGCGAUGCAGCUGAUUCCGGCACAGAAGCAGCCAAAGUUGAAGUCAAGCCAGCAGCAGCCGACGACCAGUCCACAGCUAUUGUCAAUAAAACCGUCGGCGCCCAAGUUGAUGCUUUAAUUGCACGAUUGCCUGAUCUCACCAAUAAAGACCUCGUCGACCAAGCAGCUAUUGAUUUCUGCUUCUUGAACUCGAAGGCAUCUAGAAAUCGCCUCAUAAAGGCUGUCCAGGAAGUCCCCAAGGGCCGUAGCGACCUGUUGCCGUACUGGUCGCGCCUCAUAUCAAUAUUGGGUAAAUACAUGCCAGAUACCACGAAAGGACUGGUGGACCACCUCGAUAUGGAAUUUCGCAGCCUCCAGCGACGCAAAGAGAAAGAUUUCCUGGGGCAAGUCCGCCUCAGUAAUAUUCGGUACCUUGCCGAGCUUACCAAAUUCGGGGUUGUACCUGAGCAUGUCAUCUUCCAUUGCUUAAAGGUCAGCCUGGAUGAUUUCUCAAGGAUGAACAUUGAGAUCAUAUGCAACCUGCUCGAAAACUGCGGCAGAUACCUUUUCCGGAACCCCGAAACCUCGCCGCGCAUGACAUCCUUCUUGGAAACCUUACAGCGCAAGAAAUCUGCUCAACAUAUCGGUCAGCAAGAGCGUAUGCUGAUUGAGAACGCCGUUUACUACGUCGACCCCCCUGUACGGGCGGCUAUACUCCAAAAUGAGCGCACUCCGAUAGAUCUGUUUAUACGAAAACUCAUCUAUCUAGAUAUGAACAAAAAGAGCUACACGAAGGUCCUUAGACAGGUUAGGAAGCUUCACUGGGAAGAGCCAGAGGUUACCAAAAUCCUUGAAAAGGUCUUUUCGAAACCAGGAAAGGUCAAGUAUGGGAAUAUCCAUCUUCUCGCCAUUCUGGUUAGCGCGUUGCAUCGGUACCACCAAGAUUUCGUCACCACCGUAAUCGAUGAUGUUCUUGAGUACAUCAUGCUCGGCUUGGAGCAGAACGACUUCAAAUACAACCAACGGAGACUGGCUGAAGUCAAGUACCUCGCCGAGCUUUACAACUAUCGAAUGGUAGACCAUCCGGCCAUCUUCGAUACUAUGUAUAAGAUCAUGACAUUUGGCCAUGGUGGAGUACCGAACCCGGCGCGAGUUAAUCCCUUUGAUAUGCCCGACGAUUUCUUUCGAAUUCGAUUGGUGGCUACACUUCUCGAGACUUGUGGCAUAUUCUUUAAUCGUGGGGCUGCCGGAAAGAAGCUUGACUACUUCCUAUCGUUUUUCCAGUAUUACAUCUACACGAAAGACACCCUACCGAUGGAUAUUGAAUUCAUUGUCCAGGAUACCUUUUCUUUGACCAGACCCCAAUGGAAGCUUGCUUCAAACAUUGAAGAAGCUAGCCGUGCAUUCCAGCUUGCUGUUGCCCAAGACCAGAAAACCUCUGGCGUCGAGAAGGCUGUCGAAGUCGAAGAGCCUGAAAUCGAUGAGUCGUCAGACGACGGAGAUGGCCUUCCAGCCGGUGAUGGCGAUGAGUCCUCAUCAGAAGAUGACGAGGCCCAAGCUAAUGGUGACGAUGAAGUGUCUCGCCAUGGAUCUGAGUCCGAAGAGGAAGAAGCAAUUGUUGUGACUCGACAGGACGAGCAAUACGAUCCCGAGGACGAUGCUGACUUCGAACGCGAGUAUGCGAAGAUGAUGGCUGAGAGCUUGGAAUCUCGAAAAUUCGACAGAAAGCCAAUGUUCGAUGUGCCUUUACCCAUGCGUCGUAGCAACAGGGAAACCACAUCCACUGUCGAGUCAGGAAGUGAUGAACAUGCGGCACCUGUUGUCGCCCCCGCUCCCCCCAAUACUAUGGCAUUCUCACUAUUGACCAAACGAGGAAAUCGUCAACAGACUCGAACGGUCGAAUUACCUUCUGACUCCAACUUCGCAAUUGCCAUGAAGACGCAACAGCAGGCCGAGCGAGAGGAGCAACAGAGAAUCAAGAGUCUAGUGUUGAACUAUGACCUUCGUGAAGGAGAAGAACAAGAUGGCAUUGAAAAGCUUGCUGGCGUUUCGCAUUCCAAGACCGACAAGUCUGGGAGCAACCGCAGCGGGCAGCGAUCACGCAAGCUACAACUCAGCGACGUGGACUGGACGUAGAAGUUACCCUGUGGCCUUGCAGAUUCAAGGUUAACAAUACAUAUUCAUACGCAUCGCCCAUUCGUGCGACUACCGGACUCGUCGGCUUUAUGGGACCCCCAUACGGCCUCAACAUGCGACAACAUCGUCGAGCAUCAGUUGGCAGAGUAAAUGUGCACCACUUGCGAAAUACUCGCUAGCUACAGCACCAGUGCUGCUUGCCAUGCCACAAAGUAUGCUUCCGAUUUGGGAACAAUGCAAGAGUAUAGCUACGGCAACGCGCGGUUAUGUGAAAGUAGUGAAUGCCCCGGCGGAGUAGGACGUGCUGAAGAGGGGCUUGGCUAUUUUGGUGGAGGCCCUGACGGAAGGUACGAUUCUACAACUUCAAAGGGUCAGUGGCACCAUCUGAUGGCAGUUGGACUGAAGGAGACAUACAAUAGAUAACCGUUGCCAUGCUACCGUAUAUAUCUGAGCUAUCCAUCAACUGACUACGUCUUCUGAAUACAUGCUGAAAUGCUAGUAGCCUUCUCCCAAUACGAUAUGCCCAUGUGUGAAUUAUGUAGGUGUGACAUAUUCUUCAACUCUCAGAUUGCCCAAUUUAGUCAUACAAUACGAUUCGGGGCCAGGGAUGAUGUAUACCACACUAGAACCCAUACAAACAAACGCCGAAUACCUCCAUACACAUUCAUGUAGUCGAUACACUGCUACAAUAGAUAGUUCCCAUGGCUAUCCAACCCCUCUGCUGCUUGUCAGUGAUCCUCUAACAAAGGCAUCCCUUGUAUUAUGACACCCGUGGAUUCCUAUGAAGCAAUGGUCGCCGAACAUGAUAGUAAAUACUAAGGGAAUUAAAGUCCAAGGUAAUUAAGCUUGAUUACCUCAACUCGCCUCGAUUCUUAUACCCGUAGAUCACAUGACCCUCCCGGCGCGUGAUCCUCCCGCGUCGUAGCACCAAGCCCCUAAGCCAUUCAUUUUAGAAAAGUCUUUGGCGCCAUACUCUAUUAGCAAUGUCAUUUUCUCUAUAUUGCUAUACAUGUUUGCAUAGUGCAGAGGUGUAUUGCCAAAGCAGUUUGAGGCAUUGACUUCUGCUCCUGCUUCCAAAAGGUUUGCCAAGACGGCUGUAUUACCUCUAAUCACAGCAUAGUGUAUUGCUCUAAGACCAUUCUUAGACUCGCUCUCUAAAUUUGCCCAGCGUCGUUGUAAGAUCAAGUCCAUAAUAUUGAUGCAGCCAUCUUUAGCCACUUAUGGGAGACUGUUAAGCCAGAUUUAUCACAAACGUUGAUGUCAGCUCCUAGAUCGACGAAUGAUUCAAAUGCAGCAGCAUGGUCGUUGUCAACUGAUAGGAAUGCGAUCGUAUUGUUCGCAGACAUUCACGCUCAUGCCGUGGUAAACAAGCUCAUUUAUAGUGUUAGAAUAGCCAGCUUCGGCAGCGCAAUGCAGAGCAGUUCCGUACAAGUUCUCAAGUACGUAUUGGCACCUUUCUGCAGCAAUAUUCGAACGAGCGAGACGUGUCCACGUGAUGCGGCCUUGAUGAGUGGUGUAGAGCCCAUCUUUGUUUUUGCAUCAAUAGGGAGAAUGUCCCCAUCGAGCAAUUUUCUAAGGGUGUUCUCAAGACCGAAAUGACUUGCAGCAUGUAGGGCUGUGGUGCUAUAGCACUCCUCUGGGUCCCAGUACUCUUUCCGAUAGCCUUUGUUGUACUGCAUGAUUUGAUUUGCGCUUGCUGUAGCAGGAUGACAAUCAAGGAACGUGAAAGUGAGGCGCUGUACAACUUGAUCGAUUUCUGAACCCUUAACCUGUACACCCCAGGACCUCGCGGCAUACGUCAAGAAUGUGCUAGAUUCAAUACGAAAUUUAAGCGCUCUUCGUCUAGGCAUGGACCUUGCUUGAAGGUAUCGAAAAGCAGAUAAGUGAGACAGGUCUCCGCGAGACUUGCCUCUGCGCGAGAGAACAAUGUGUUUGUGUGUUCGAUCAAACCUGGACCGCGUAAUGGGCAAAACGAAUGAUGGUGCUCUCUGGAUCAAUGGUCACAAGUCCCUGGCAGCAUUCGAUAAUCAUCUUCGCAGAAGGACAGUGCUUCGUGCUCACUGUCGUUUGGUUGAGUUUCACGGAUGCUGCGUCGCUUAGAUCAGUGACCUUUAUUGGACACUUUGCGUGGCAUAUCCACAUGAGAGUCCUCAUUCCUAGUAACUUUCGUCUCUCUGGAAGACUUUGGAUGCGGGUAAUAGUUUCUUCGAAUGCUCCUGAGAGGUUGUGAGAUAGGGAAGUCAAUGAAUCCUCCAUGUCGCCUGCGGUUGGCUCGUUCAGAAUGGUUCUUAGUUGCAGGAUCGGAAGCAGAAACCUUAAUUUGUCAGUUUUUGUGGCAGGGAUAUAUUUGACUGUCUGCUGUAAAGGAUACUUAAGCACUCACAUUCCUUGUGCCUUAUUGAGCAACGUCUCAACUAUCUUCGAGGCGAAAUCUUUAUCGACGAUAUCGUCUAUAGCGGCAUGAUCAAGCUCUUGAUACAUAUAUCGCCUGAGAUCGUGGUCGUGGGCCUGGAUUUCGAUCUGUGGGUAGGUAGAGAAAAAUGUGCUAAUGUCGUAGUAACACUGACGGCUGGUCACGAACAGACGGACAGCAUGAGCCUGCGAAAGGCGAGAGAUAAACUGGACGAACGGUCUUCGGCACCUCGAUUCUUCGCACUCAUCCAGAGCAUCAAUUACGAUAUAGGCUCGAGGGAUGAUCUCAACGGUCUCAAGUAUCAUCUUUUCGAGUUCGUGUAUUAGUAUAUAGGACCCGGAACUUUGGAACUUUUCGUAUGCAUCAGCUACCGAUUUUGGAAUCUCUAACACCACAAGAGGCAGUGGGAGAGGCGGCCGUGGUGCAAGCCAUGGCCGCGGACGAGGAGGACAUCAAGGAGGAGGUGGCCAAGCACCACCGCUUGAGGACAUCACCUGUUACCAUUGCGGAAAGAAGGGUCACUAUCGAAGUGACUGCCGGUCAAGAAGAAACGGUGAACCUAAAAGGAACCCAUCAACCGGACCACUCCCCGCUCCUGGUGGUGGGAGAGGUUUAUCACCACCCCCUGCAGCAGCAAGAAUGGCGGCGGCAUCGACCACAGCUUGGAUCGCCAUCGCCGCCAAAGAAAAAAGCAAUUGGCUUGAGGGUGGCGGCUCUCAGGGGCACUCAUGGAUCGUGCUCUCGCCAUAUGACAUACGACCGGGAUGCUUUCGUCAGCUAUAAGCUGCUGAGCAUGUCAAUACCGGUUAAUAUCGCAACGGUGCGUCGAUCGAGGCCAUCGGCGAAGGGACCAUUGCUUUCAACACCCUUGUGAAGGGUGAGAAACGCAGAAUAUUGAUGCACGAUGUGCUUCAUGUCCCACGCCUCGCCGGAAACCUCAUCUCAGUGUCCCAUCUCCAGGAUAGGGGCAUCAUGACAAGGACGACUAACGGAGGCAAGUUACUUCUUGAGCUCGACGGCCAAGUUGCUGGCGUUGCUGUGCGUGUUGACAAGUCAUACGUACUUGACGGCACACAGGAAACAGCUUUAUUUCUGUACGGUGGUCAACCUACCAAGCAAGUUGCCACAAUCUGUCUUAGCAUGCUUGACAGCAUGUUACUUAGCGUCUGCCGAUCUUGAUCUUGAUAGUCAAAGUAUAGGAAAGCAACUGGAAAUCCAUAACUAGAAAAUGAAUUUUUGAGAUCGUCAAUGACCAUUGAUCUGUUUAUCAUAAGCUCUUGCUCAACGACGAGAUGCAUCGUACUUACGUCAAAACCGUCUUUCCGGAGCCUUGAAUCCCAUGGCACCAAAGAACAUUAGAAGAAGAAACAUCAUCCCGCCACCGGGCAUACUCCAUUCGUUCUAAUAGCCAGCCGCCUGUUCCCUCAACGCGAGGUGAACGAACAGUUUGAUGUUUCUGGUCAUGCUCUAACCUCGAGAUCCAAUUGAGUAUAGUAUCUCGCCUUUUCGCAAUACGGUCAUCUUGGAACAGUUGGGUCUGGUCUCUGAUGGUGUCUAGGAUCUUUAAGGGCCUGCAAUGCUCUGAAACCUUCAACUUGCUGUUCUAGAGCGAACAACUAUCGACGGACAGAGCGAAUUGGAUCCACUGGCCGAAAGCUCGAAGCUCCUGCACGGUUUUUAGAUGCUCCUUCUCAUUAAGCGGCCAUAGAUAUCGACUUGUUCUAUUGUCGCCCACUUGACCCAAUUUCUUGCAUAAUGCCUUCAGUUUACUCUCGCAAGCCGAUGCACAGGAGCGAAGAACUGAAUUUCGUUCAAAAGCCAGUCCUUUCACGGAAUCGCUACGAAGGAACUCUUGAAGACUGGAAAGGUUGGAUUGCAAGGCUUCUAGCUCAGUGACCAAUGUGGUGAUCGAUUCCCUGGCGUUCCUCACCCCGCACAAGUAACUCCGGGCGACUGUGCGGUUUGUGCAACCAAGGCCGCGAGGCUUCCGAUUCCUACUGUGAGUGAGAAUGGAUCCAUUGAGCAUGCCUACAUAGAUCAACUAAUGGAUUAAAUGAAACUCGAAGAUACUUUAAGGAAGAAGUCGCAGGCUGGAAGGUACUGGCCUGUGCUCAGCC